AUGUCGGAAACGAUUCUGCAAAAAAUGGAGCGCUUGGCUAUGGGAGGAUACGUCUCCAGUGACUCUUCUUCUGAAGAGGACUUCUACGCAUCUGUAGGAUCAUCCGGAGCCGGAGCCAUUAUUCAAUCGGGAGCAACUAACAGAGGAGCUCAAAACAUCGGACAAAGUGUUUUCGAGGGUCGCAGAAGGCCAAUGUCUACCACGAUCGUUCCUGGAAGGAGAGCCAUCUCCGGACUUAUUCUUGUCGGCGACACGCAUAUACGCGAAGGAGAUGAGCCCAGCUACUUGGAGGCCGAGUCUACCAAGUCGGAACCGAAAAAUGCGGAUAUUGAGAUUCCAGAUAUCCCCAGAAGACUCAGCAGUGUGGGAAGGGACUACGAUUUUGAGGCGCCCGAUUUUCCAACUCCAGAUGACGUGGCACAUGAAAUUGAGGUUUCAGAAGAUUCGGAUGAGGAAGUCGUGGUCCAGGCACCGCCCCCAGUUCAGAAACGAGGGCCUGGCAAACACAGAAAAACAGAUGCUCAGAGAUUGGUUAAAGAAGCCGACGUGCCACCAAUUCUUGGUAAAAGGAUUUGUCAUCCUCCAGUACGUCCUUGGCUGCUGGAGAAACUAGAAUACAACUACGAAGAAGGAAGCGUAAAAGUUGUGAAGUGGACAAAAUCUGGAAGUUCCGAGGUUCCUACUGGGAAAAACAAGAAUGCAAACUCGAGGAAGACGGCUGGGCCAAGUAGAAAAGGAGAUAAAACCAAGAAGACCAAGAAGAACUGA